CUUCUGUCUUCUCAGUAACUCCUCGGGCUGGGUUUAUCUGACUUAGGACUUUUUCCAUAACCAAGGGCUUUUAUUAGAUCUGCUGAGCCCAUUGGGCUUGUUGUAGUUUGCUCCAGCUCGAUAUCAAAGGUCAUUGUUUUUACACACGAAUCCCAUCGGCGUGAGAACCAGAGCAGCCACUCCCUGACUCCCAUUUAUAACCUCUCGUUUGAAUCCUGUCUAAACCCUAAGUUAUUAAAUUCUGGUUUCUCAAUAAGUACUAUCUCCGAGUAGGUAAAAAUUAAAAUGGCUUACCGAAGUCUAUAACUUAAACACCUGAAACUUGAAAAGCUACCAUUUUUCAUGCAAGCAUAAUCCGAUGCACUCAAGGCAUGCUGCAUUGGUCCGCUUGCACUCGAUAGAACCAACCUUACCUCACAACCCAAGCAACAACUUCUCAAAGAGACCAACUUGCCCAGAAAAUCCUGUGCCACACCUUCUCAAGAAAUGCAUUAAUCUCUUGCAGUUAUGUGCCUCCUCCAUAUUCAGACUCAAGCAAAUCCAUGCCUUCUCGAUCAGACAUGGCGUCCCACUAUCCAACCCAGACAUGGGCAAGCACCUCAUAUUCACCAUUGUGUCCCUCUCAUCUCCCAUGUCUUAUGCCCAGCAUAUAUUUUCGAAACUCCAGGGUCCCAACAUUUUCACACGGAAUACCAUGAUUAAAGGCUAUGCUGAGAGUGCAAACCCAAGACCAGCGGUUGAACUGUACUAUCAAAUGCAUAUGUCCUCGAUGGAACCUGACACACACACAUACCCUUUUCUUCUGAAGGCUGUAGCUAAGUUGACUGCUGUUAGAGAGGGAGAAAAGAUACAUUCCAUUGCUAUAAAAAAUGGGUUUGAGUCAUUGGUUUUUGUUCAGAACUCAUUGGUUCAUAUGUACGCUGCUUGCGGGCACGCCGAGUGUGCACACAGGAUGUUUGAGUUAACGCCUGAAAAAGAUCUUGUGGCUUGGAAUUCUGUCAUUAAUGGGUAUGCUCUUAAUGGGAUGCCCAAUGAGGCUCUGACCCUUUUCAGGGAAAUGGGUUUGGAGGGUGUUCAGCCAGAUGGAUUCACUAUGGUAAGUUUAUUGUCUGCUUGUGCUGAGCUUGGAGCUUUGGCAUUGGGGAGGAGGGCCCACGUGUAUAUGUUUAAAGUUGGUUUGAGUGCCAACUUGCAUGCUAAUAAUUCCCUCUUGGACCUCUAUGCAAAGUGUGGGAGUAUUAGAGAUGCGCAAAAAAUAUUUGAUGAGAUGAAGGAAAGGAAUGUGGUUUCUUGGACUUCUUUGAUAGUUGGGUUGGCUGUUAAUGGGUUUGGUAAGGAAGCACUUGAGCUUUUCAAGGAUUUGGAAAGAGAGGGGUUUGUGCCAACUGUAGUAACUUUUGUUGGGGUCCUUUAUGCUUGUAGUCAUUGUGGAAUGGUGGAUGAGGGGUUUAAUUAUUUUGAGAGGAUGAAAAAGGAAUAUGGCCUUGUGCCUAGGAUAGAACACUACGGCUGCAUGGUUGAUUUGUUGGGUAGGUCAGGCAAGGUGAAAGAAGCAUAUGAAUAUAUUCAAAACAUGCCAUUGCAGCCCAAUGCCGUUAUUUGGAGGACCUUGUUGGGAGCAUGCACGAUUCAUGGACAUUUGGCUCUUGGGGAGGUUGCAAGAGCCCAGCUCCUAGAAUUAGAGCCUGGGCAUAGUGGGGAUUAUGUACUCCUCUCAAAUCUUUAUGCAGCAGAGUGUCAUUGGUCAGAUGUGCAACAGUUGAGGAGGACAAUGCUUACAGAAGGGGUGAGGAAAACUCCUGGAUAUAGCCUUGUUGAGUUAGGAAAUAAGGUUUAUGAAUUUACGAUGGGUGAUAGAUCUCAACCUCAAAGUGAGGAUAUAUACGCAAUGCUAGCUGAGAUCACAAAGUUGUUGAAAUUGGAAGGUUAUGUGCCUCACACAGCAAAUGUGCUUGCAGACAUAGAGGAGGAGGAAAAGGAAAAUGCUUUGUCGUAUCAUAGCGAGAAAAUUGCAAUAGCUUUUAUGCUCAUCAAUACAGCACCGGGGACCCUAAUUAGAGUUGUAAAGAAUUUAAGAGCUUGUGCAGAUUGCCAUUUGGCUAUCAAACUCAUAUCCAAGGUUUUCAAGCGAGAGAUUGUUGUGAGGGACCGUAGUCGGUUUCACCAUUUCAGAAAUGGUUCUUGUUCUUGUCAGGAUUAUUGGUAACUAUUGGUCAAUUCAUGUGAAAGAUCGGGUGAAGCUGGUACAGCAA